AUGGAUUACCUUCGCAGAGAUUCUCUGAAGCGGAGGAUUCGCUCCUCCAACUGUUUCUCCUGCUGCUUCCGGGGAAGAGGCGGCGAGCCGGCGGAAUCACCGACCGAGGGCGCGCAGGAACCGUCGUUGAUGAGUUCCUCCGCAGCUUGGGUGCGUUCCAAGGCAAACGAGAUCCCGGAGUUGAAAGACAAGUGCCGGAAUCUCGUGUCGCGGAUCGGGAGGUCCCGCCGUCACUCCGGCGACUUCAGGUACGAUCCCCUGAGCUACGCCCGCAACUUCGACGAGGGCCCCGAUUUCGACGAGGAGGAGGAGGUUUCCCCCUCGGAUUUACAGUUCCGGAGCUUCUCCGCCCGGCUCCCUCCCACGCCGCCGCAUCCAACGCCCGCAGCGGCGGCCUGUAUCUAG